AUGCAGGGCAAGCCUCGACUCUCUCGGGCGGCCAAACCUGAGCGCGAAUUUUCGAGAUCGAUUUCGACCCGUACGACAACUCCCAGCGCCAGCCCGCGAGACGACGACAAGAUGGUCCUCGCAAAGAAGCACGUCCCCAUCGUCAAGAAGCGUAUGUCCUUUCUUUUCUCCCUGCUAGUCCCAGCCCAGUCCAGUUCCCAGCCAGAGUACGAUCCGACGAACGACCCGACUAACAUCAAACUCCUUCCAGGCACCAAGCGUUUCUGGCGCCACCAGUCCGACCGCUUCAAGUGCGUGCCGGAGUCAUGGCGCAAGCCCAAGGGUAUCGACAACCGCGUCCGUAGACGCUUCCGUGGCAACAUCCCCAUGCCCUCCAUCGGCUACGGAUCCAACAAGAAGACCAAGCACAUGAUGCCCUCCGGCCACAAGGCUUUCCUCGUCCACAACCCCAAGGACGUUGAGCUCCUGUUGAUGCACAACCGCACCUACGCCGCUGAGAUCGCCAGCGCCGUCUCCUCCCGCAAGCGCGUCGACAUCAUCGCCAAGGCCAAGGCUCUCGGCGUCAAGGUCACCAACCCCAAGGGCCGCGUCACCACCGAGGCUUAAAUGGAUAUGGAAUGAAUGUAAAGAAAGCCCAAGAAAUUUCAUCAUUUUCAUUUUCAUUUUUCAUUAAAACUCUUUUUCCACUUUAUACCAACCAAAUGGGAAAACCAACCACUUUCGGGGGACAUUAAAAAAAGCAAACAACAGGCAACUACUACUACGUGGUGGUUGUUUGUUAAUUUGUGAUCUUGGGGACUUGCGGAGCCUUGAAUCAUCGCAUCUUCUCUCUAAUGUGGGCUUUGGCUUUGUGCGUGUGUGUGACGUUGACGACGUAUGUGCUGGAUUGCAAGCGUUUCCAUUUGUCAUGGGGGCGCUUGUGGUCGUGGCUGGUGCUGCCAGUCUGGGAAUAAAAAUCUAAAUCUUAUGAAGACUUUUUUGAUGACCG